CUCAAUGACCUCAGAAGGACCUGUCAAUCUAUUUCAAAACACCGCCGGGAAAAACAUGGCUAAAGAAAGUGCUGAAAUUGUGAAGGAAACUGGCGGCGAAUCGCCAAUCCGCAUCGAAAAUAAUGAUCUGGAUGAGACAUUGCCGCCAUGUAGAGAGUGUGAGAGACAUUUCUUCGCCCGGACUAACACAUUUAACGUGUUUGACGCCACUAUCGUUCUGAUUUCGAUGGUCACAUUCGCUGCCGACAUUGCAACGGAUGGCCUGGCAGCGAGUCAAUAUUUCGUCCACGGUGAGCCAGGCUGGGGCUGCCUCACUCUGGGCUUUACACUGCUGCCCUCUAUCAUCAUUCAAGUGUUUAGUGUGCGCUGGUACUUGGCAGAUGAAGACAUGACAGGCUGGAGAUGGGUCUUCCAUUGUUGCCUUAUUGGACCCGUAGAGAGGUAUGUGACUGUCUUCGAGACGGGCCUGGAGGCGCGGCGGAGCAGGGACCCGCUGGACUUUGAGCGCCUACAUCACCAGCAGAGCGACGUCUGCAUGCUGCGUCUGUUCGAGUCCUUUCUGGAAUCGGCGCCCCAGGUUGUCUUGCAGCUGUACAUCAUGGUGGCUACCAACGACGAAAACCUCUUCACCGGUAUUGCUGGUACAGUAUCGCUUUUUUCCCUCUGCUGGGCGGUGGUUGCCUACAGUCGCGCCCAUCGCCGUGUGCGGACCGACAAGAAUGGCAUAUCGUGGCCUGGCGCUAUCCUUCAGACCAUUUGGCGCAUCGGAAUGAUCUCAUCCCGUGUUGUGGCAUUGGUGCUGUUUGCUUCCGCCUUCAAGGCCUACACAUUUCUGGUAGUGGGCCUGCACUGGCUUGCCAUGGUGGCCUGGGUGUACUUCCAGCGCACCGAUUUCUGCGACUCCUGGCCUGAGGAGAGGCUCUUCAACUGCGUCAUCGGCACCGUCUACGUCUUCUGCUUCUUCAACCUCAAGGAGGGCAAUACCAGGUACCGCAUCAGCAUCUUCUACCUGAUUGUUGCCGUGGAGAACAUCGUGUUGCUGCUGCUGUGGCAUCGCUUCGGGAUGCUGGAGGAUUGGUACACGUUUCUCGGGUUCAUAGUGGUGUUUGGUGGUUUCAUCAUAGGUGUGACCGCUAUGAUCUUCUACUACCGAUUCUUCCACCCCAGAGGAGCUAUAUCGUUCUGUUUCAGAGCCCAAGACGACAAAAGUGACGUCUGUCAACACGGCAAGUCCAACCGACUCUCGACCCUCAGUCGCCAUGGCGACGUGAACGCAGAGAUUUUCCACCGCUCCAGGACCCCUUCCCCACAAAAGUGCCCCCUGGAUGGGAAGCCAGGUCUGCACAUGCAGGACCCCGGCUCCGAUAGGGCGGGAACCCCCUGUAAGUAUUCACCUCUUAAGACCCAACCAGGAUCCCUGGAUUGGCGAACAGCGCCCCCGCUCAGGAGCAAGAGCUUAGGCUGUUUGCUCACAAUGGAAAGUGAAUGUGAAAGUAAUACACAGCUAUCAGGAAAGUUCAAAUCGUUAGACCACUUGGGGAAAACGGACAAGCCAUCAAAACCUAUAUCUUCGCCGUCCAAGGAUUCCCCAGAACCUUGCACGUGUAGUUUUCAAAUGUACCAGCUGUCAGGGUUUGCCACUGACUUGGUUGAUAGGUAUGACAAGAGUAAAGACCUUGUCCUCGCUCAGUCAUUACUGGCCGAUGAGUCCAAAGUGAGUUUGUAUUCCGCCCGAUCGUGUGCCGCUAAAUACAGGACUCCGUGCCAGGCGUGCUUGAAAUUUGAAAGCGGUCGGUCAACUCAAAUGAAAUCUGCGAAUCGAAUCCGAUCCUUUUCUCAACCGAACACGCCAUCAACUACCAGAGAGCUGAAGCCAGCUCACUAUGAAAUCCACCCUAGCCAGCAAGUCACUGUACAUUUUGCCAGUGGCACCGAGGCCCCCCAAACACCUACUCGUCCAAAUACCGAGACCCCUGAAACCGUAAGUGAUAUGGAGAUCAGCCAAGUGUCGGCCGAUCUGGCUCAAAUGCCCGAUUGCAUUGAUUCCCCCGAAAGUGCCGGCAAGAUGAGCGCAUACGAAGUCCAGAAAAUAUACGAUCAGAUUUUAGACAGGCAGCCCGCACCGCGCAUCUCUAAGAGACAGCUGAGGUUUGAUAAAGAUCUUGAUAACCAGGAAGUUCUAAGUAGCCUGGUUUCCGGCACUGGCAUUGCUACUCAAAACUGUCCUGAGACUGUUGACAAUGCAGAACAACUGAAAAGUAAGUCGGAGGAAGUUUGCGGUUUAAAUACAACAAAAUGUAAACAGUUACUCAUUCCGAAAACCAAAGCUUCGCCUGGGACAAUUAAACAUCAACAGAAACCCCUAGAAAAUAAACUGCCCAGCCCUGCCUACAAGCACAAGCCGGAAGAGAAUGAAACUAAAUCAUGCCAUGACGUAUCCGAUGAGAAACCUGCCACUACUGAAAUGGAACAGUCGAAAAAUGAAAGAGUGGAAAUUCCAGAAAGUGUUUGUACCGAAACCGUCCUUGCCUGUGAUUCCAGUACCGAAAGUGAAGAUUACGGACCCUGCACAGAAUUUAUAAUUCCUGGUACAGAAACAAACACUGUGAGUAGGAAAGUGUGUAAACCCCACCCAAUGAAACAAGCAGACGGUAUUAGCCUGCCCGCUAAAUCAGCAAGUGCAAGGAGAUCUGUUGUUACCAAGGCUGAAAGGGGCAAAGAUGUUGAAGCGUCCUCUUCCAAACGGUCAACUGAGGAGGCAGAACCAUCCUCUGAGACUGCUGGGAAGGCGACAGGGGCCGAUAUUCCUGGCUCCAACAAGCUUUCUCAAGAUGUCCAAGGAGCACAAAAUGUAACUCACUAUAACCUUAACACCAGAAGUCGCUGUGAUGAAACCAAUCCCAGUCCAUCUGGUGAAACUGCAACUUGUCAGUCAGUCUGUCCUGUGAAACCUGUCCAAAUUUCAGAAGUUGCAAACAUGAGCAAAAGAGAUGAUAGGCUUAGCAUGACCAGGACGUCAGAUAAUUUGCCCAACGCUGCCUCUGCUUCCCCCGCGUAUUUCCCUCAUGACGUCAAACCGAUCUAUAAGUACGGCGGCAGCAAAAGUAGCCACCUUGGUCCCACUUUGACGACUCCAGAGUCGAAGUCUGUUGGGGGAUCUAUCAGUGCCGCUAAAACUCAGAAAACUGCGUUGCCUUUUAAGAGAGCUCAAAGCAACACACUUAUCGAGUCUGAAAACACAAACCACCAGCCUGUUUCUCACCCAACUCCCAAUUCACCUCACAGUAAAAGCUUCACCAGCCCCAAGGCGAAGCUGGGGCAGGGCGGAGUUUUGAGCUCUGGGCCGGGCAAAGAGAACAAGCCCCUGACUCCCUUGAGUGCUAGGCUGGCCCUCCUGUCGCCCUCCCCUAACCCCUCCUCGCCUCACAGGAAGCCACCCAGGAAGUCCCUGGGCAGAAUCCCAAACAACCUCGUGGCUGAAAAUGUGGCCCUGUUUAACAACUGAAUUUGUCAGCACAUAACUCUGAUGAGGUUCCAGUUUGCAGAGUCUUUGUCAAGUCAAUCACAAGUCAAUCUCAACUCACCAAGAGUUUCAAUCUCAACUCACAAGUUUCAAUCACAAGUUUUAAUCACAAGUUUCAAUCACAAAUUUCAUCUACAGGGUGUUGCAAACAGAAGGAAACCAGCAUUUGACAGCACUUUUCACCUACUUGUUGAGCAUAUUUCAGAAAUUCAAUUUGAUGGUAUUAAAAUAUUGAUCUUUAAACAUAAGUGACAAAAAUUGUUUGCAAAUUACUACGUCUCUGAGAUAUGGUAGUUUAA